ACUCAAUUCACGUACCAGUACCUAAUGUUACUGGGCUAACAGUUGUUUACUGUUUACUACCUCACUCACUUCACUCACUCUCUUAUCGACCGAGGGAGAGGGACGGAGGUAGGGAGUAGAAGUAGCACUUUCUACUUCGUCCCGUGUUACGUUUUACCUUUUUUUGAUCAAUUUUUAACUGUUGUAAUCUUGUCAUUUCAAUGUUUCACGUGUUUGUUACGUUCGCGUUUAUUUAUUAGUUGUCGUGUCCGUACGAACAUCCGUCUUUUAAUACAUCCCAAGAAUAUCCGGAACCGAGGUUAUGUUGUAGUGUCAUUACCUAGGAACAAUUUCGUUGGUGAACUAUGCAUCAUAAUUCAAAAAUAGAAUCUUGUGAACUGUUGUUUGUUGCCUGAUUUCCAUAUUUUUGUAACGAGAUCACUCACAGGAAACACCCUUGCGGGAAAAAAAGACUGGUUAAUUUUAAUGAUCAGGUAUCGAAAAUUUCGGUAAUAGAAAUCGCAUCAGAAUAUGGCUACGAUAGAAGGCCGUCCCGCACAAUAUGGAAUUACCUUGAAACAGCUACGUGACCUUAUGGAUCAUAGGGGCCCCGAAGGAAUAGCAAAAAUUAACGAACUAGGAGGGGUACAAGAGAUAUGUAAAAAACUAUACACAUCGCCUAGUGAAGGACUUAGCGGAUCAGAAGUUGACAUUGCACAUAGGAGAGAAACAUUUGGAUCGAACUCAAUCCCACCUAAACCACCAAAGACCUUUCUUAUAUUAGUAUGGGAAGCGCUACAAGAUGCAACCCUCAUAAUCUUAGAAGUAGCUGCCAUAGUGUCUUUAGCUCUUGCCUUGUAUCAACCAAAAGAUGAGACUGACGCAAAUGUGGAUGAAAGUGAAGAAUCUAGUGGGUGGAUAGAAGCUAUGGCUAUUCUACUUUCAGUUAUAGUUGUAGUACUUGUAACAGCCUUCAAUGAUUAUUCAAAAGAGAGACAAUUUAGAGGGUUACAGAGUAAGAUAGAAGGCGAACACAAAUUUUCCGUAAUAAGACAAGGUGAAGUUAAACAGAUCCCUGUCAGUGAUAUAGUUGUAGGUGAUAUAUGCCAAAUAAAAUAUGGUGAUCUUUUACCGGCUGAUGGCAUCCUUAUACAAUCGAAUGACUUGAAAGUGGACGAAUCCUCCCUAACAGGUGAAUCAGAUCAUGUGAAAAAAGGCGAGAAGUUUGAUCCAAUGGUUUUAUCCGGCACACACGUAAUGGAAGGGUCGGGUAAGAUGCUUGUCACUGCAGUGGGUGUCAACUCGCAAGCAGGCAUCAUAUUCACCCUUCUUGGAGCUGCCGUCGAUCAACAAGAAGCCGAACUUAAGAAGAUGAAGAAAGAAGCUAAAAAGAUGAAGAAGAAGAAGGGUUCACCAGGGGAAGAAGACAACGUAACUGGCAAUAGCCACAUGAACUCCCCAUCACCGGCAACAGUACCUCACAAGAAGGAACCAGCUCGUAAGCAAGAAGAAAGCGCUAAGGAGAACAAUGUCAAUACCACUGAAGCUUCUAAGAGCCACAAGAAAGAGAAGUCCGUACUUCAGGCGAAACUGACCAAGCUAGCCAUACAGAUAGGAUAUGCUGGAUCCACGAUAGCCGUGCUGACUGUUGUCAUUCUGAUGACUCAGUUUUGUAUCCAAACUUUCGUGAUUGAACAAAUGCCAUGGAAGGUUGCAUAUGUCAACAGUUUCGUCCGCCACGUUAUCAUUGGUGUUACUGUACUCGUUGUUGCUGUUCCUGAAGGAUUACCGUUGGCUGUAACUCUGUCAUUAGCUUAUAGUGUUAAGAAAAUGAUGAAAGAUAACAACUUAGUAAGGCACUUGGAUGCUUGCGAGACUAUGGGCAAUGCGACAGCAAUUUGCUCUGACAAAACUGGUACUCUGACUACGAACCGUAUGACGGUUGUACAAUCGUAUAUCUGCGAGCAGUUGUGUAAAACUAUGCCUAAAUUCUCCGAUAUACCAUCUCAAGUGGGCAAUCUCAUCAUCCAGGGAAUAUCUGUCAACUGUGCUUACACAUCAAGGAUUAUGCCAGGGGAUGAAGGAAGCGACCUUCCAAAACAAGUAGGCAACAAAACUGAAUGUGCAUUGUUAGGCUUUGUCCUGGGUCUUGGCAAGAACUACCAGACCAUCAGGGAUGACUAUCCAGAAGAGACGUUCACCAGAGUAUACACCUUCAACUCAGUUAGAAAAUCGAUGAGUACUGUCAUACCACGUCAAGGCGGAGGCUACAGGUUAUACACGAAAGGAGCUUCAGAAAUAAUACUUAACAAGUGUGCCUUCAUCUACGGCCAUGAUGGUCGUUUGGAAAAAUUCACCAGGGAUAUGCAAGAGCGUUUGUUGAAGCAGGUUAUCGAACCAAUGGCUUGUGAUGGAUUGAGGACCAUUUGUAUUGCUUUCAAGGACUUCGUGCCUGGCAAAGCCGAAAUCAACCAGGUACACAUCGAAAAGAAUGAGCCACACUGGGAUGACGAAGACAACAUCGUCAGCAACUUGACGUGUCUGUGCGUGGUGGGCAUCGAAGACCCCGUCAGACCGGAAGUGCCAGACGCUAUCCGUAAAUGUCAGAGAGCAGGUAUCACUGUCAGAAUGGUAACAGGCGACAACGUGAAUACGGCUAGAUCGAUUGCAACAAAGUGCGGCAUCGUCAAACCUAACGAAGACUUCCUCAUUCUUGAGGGCAAGGAGUUUAACAGGAGGAUCCGCGACAGCUCAGGAGAGGUUCAACAACACUUGCUUGACAAGGUGUGGCCUAAAUUGCGAGUACUCGCCAGAUCUUCUCCUACUGAUAAAUACACCUUGGUCAAAGGUAUUAUCGACAGUAACGUGAGUGAAAACAGGGAAGUAGUUGCUGUAACUGGUGAUGGUACUAAUGAUGGUCCAGCUCUUAAGAAGGCUGAUGUCGGUUUUGCUAUGGGAAUCGCUGGUACUGAUGUAGCUAAGGAGGCUUCUGACAUAAUCCUGACGGAUGAUAACUUCAGCAGUAUAGUGAAAGCAGUCAUGUGGGGCCGAAACGUUUACGACAGCAUAGCCAAGUUUUUGCAGUUCCAACUUACUGUCAACGUUGUUGCCGUUAUUGUCGCUUUCAUUGGUGCUUGUGCCGUACAAGACAGUCCCCUAAAGGCUGUGCAAAUGUUAUGGGUCAACUUGAUUAUGGACACCCUGGCAUCACUAGCUUUGGCCACAGAAAUGCCAACUCCAGAUCUGCUACUAAGAAAACCCUACGGUAGGACAAAGCCCUUGAUUUCAAGGACAAUGAUGAAGAACAUUCUAGGCCAGGCGGUCUACCAACUGACUGUCAUUUUUGGAUUACUCUUUGUGGGUGACAGGAUAUUGGAUAUCGAACCGGGACGAGGCGCCAAUGCAACCCAUGGUCCAACCCAGCAUUUCACGAUCAUCUUCAACUCCUUCGUCAUGAUGACCUUGUUCAAUGAAUUCAACGCCAGAAAGAUCCAUGGUCAAAGGAACGUCUUCGAGGGAAUUUUCACCAACCCUAUUUUCUACACUAUCUGGUUUGGAACUUGCUUAGCACAGGUGGUAAUUGUCCAAUACGGCAAGAUGGCGUUCUCCACAAAAGGCCUGACCUUGGAGCAGUGGCUUUGGUGUCUCUUCUUUGGGCUGGGAACCCUCCUAUGGGGACAGCUGGUCACCACCAUUCCCACCCGCAAGCUUCCAAAGAUUCUAUCAUGGGGCCGUGGCCAUCCCGAGGAAUACACAGAAGCCAUCGCUAUUGGCGAAGAAAAAUACGAUCUUGACUCUGACAAAAAACCGAGAGCUGGUCAAAUUUUAUGGAUCAGGGGUUUAACUAGAUUACAAACGCAGGUGAUAGGUGGUGAAUUACAAGAACGUUUGAUUCCAGUCCCAUACAGCAAGAGCUCGACUGACCAAGCUGUAAGCUGCUUUUCUACCAUCUAUCUGUCCGCUGUGUAUUUUUAUAUUACGCUGACCGCUCUGUUUAGUGUUUUCUGCCAGAAUUGGUCACUGCUUCUCUCACCUUGUUUCUCUCAUUGUGCUUCAGAGCAAGUCGAUUUCAAACUGGAAACAUUGUACAAGCACCACUUUUACUUCAUCAAAAGCUAAUGGUUCGGAGGUGAUGGAAAUAUAAUUGUCGCGAGUAUAAUUUUGAUAUUCUACUUUGUAAAUACAUAGGGAUUUUUGUUUUCGUAAAUUACUUUAAAGCUGCUUCAUCACAUAUCAUAUAAUAAUCAAUUAUUUUAAAUUAUAAAAAAUAAGUAUAUUUCAAUUUUUUCACAACUUAUCUGUUGGAUUGGAUUAAUAGCAUCUUAAUACUUGGAGGUGAUUUGCAUCAAAUAGCUUUAAACAUAUAUGAAUCCAAGGUUUAUAAGUUUUAAAUAAAUUUAUAUUUUUAAAUAAAUGCUUAUCAGUUCUUUAUUGUUGUAAAUUACGGCUGAUAUAUCAAAAAGCGUACCGCUUGUAUGAUGUUUCCGGUUUAAAAACUAUGUGCAGUGGGGUAAACAGCCAAAAUAUUUUAUACCUCAACAAAACAAUGAUUUUCCGAAAUCGAGAUUAGUUCCUUAUAGGAUAAACUAUGAUCAGAUACUUUAGUCAAACAUAAAACUCAGCUAAGAUCUCGAAAGUUUAGCUUUUAAGUUGAAAUGUCUGAUGUAUGACUUUGUUGAAUUGGAAGGUGAUAAAAAUCUCCAGAAUUUUAAAAAAGUAAUCACGUGCUCAGCAACCCGUUUACUCUUAUCAUCAAUCCUCUAGCAAUGAGUGUAGUAGCAGAUGAUGGCGACGUACGAGAUUUGCUGAUUGUCUAGCAAGCCUUAAAAACAUCCGACAACAGAAAUUAUGAGCAGAAUUUGAAAUACAGUUCAAGUAUAGGGAUUAGUGAACUGUGAAGUCAGAGAACUUUGAGUGUACAGCUACUCGUAACCACUAGUAAAUGGCAUUCGCACAUCAUCUUUUCAGUGUCAUAUCACUUCUUUGCUUUACUGUUAGAAAUUUGCAUUAUGAUAUCUCUCUGUAUAUGCUGCUUGCUUGAUCGAAAUGCACAAUUUAAUAUAAAAUAAAAAUACAGUUUUUCACAAAAUAUGUGCUAAACUAUAGAGGAACAGUUGCAGUACUGUGUAUUUUGUGAUCGUACUGUACCAAAUCAAAAGACUCUUUCUUGGAUAUUGGUUAGUGUUUGAAGGAUAUUGUUCCAAGUAAAAAAACUACGUAGCUUCCUUAAUGGAAAUAAUAAUAAAGCGUAUUUUAUUGAGACUGACCAAUGUGUCAACAAAGAAUCAGCUGAUUGUCAUGUAUAUGUUGGCAAUGCAUGCAGAUGUUUAGCCAUUCCUAAUUACAGAAACAACAGAAUGUACAUUUUUUAUAUAAGUCAUAUAAUUUUGAGAUGAUUAAUGUAAUAGAGCAAGCCGAAAAUUUCCCUGUAUUAAAAAAAGUGGUGAACUACCCUUGAAAUGAAGAUGAUGGAAAUUUAUUUUUUCAAUAUUGGACGACGUUAAAGGCUUGGCAGUUCAGUAAUCCUAACAUUAGUUUUUUUCCAGUCAAUAAGCACCUGCCGAAGAAAUAGUUAGAUUGACGUUGAACCGUAUCAAACUAUUUAAGCCAUACCAGUGAUAGCAACUAACUCUGAAAAUGUCGAAUGCCCUCACUAUAAUCCCAAUAAUUACACAUUGCCUACAUUUUAUUUCAAAGUAAUUUCGAUAGCGGAAAAUGAUUUUUGAUGAGGUUAAUCAUAAUUUGAUUUGGCUGUAAUACAUACCUCGUGUGACCAUACACGCAAUUUUUGUGUUGCUUGAAGUGACUCAUCUGCUAAUUUGACAGGUAGCGAGGACUUUGACAGACGAAGUCAGAUGCUAAGGAGUAGCUUUUUUCUUGCAGUAGAAUGACUUUGAUUCAAGUAAAUGAGAAUUUUUUUGUCGUUUGGAAUAUUCCCAUUCCAAUUAGUGAUUUGAAAAUUUUAUUUCAUUUAUAAUAGAAAUGGGAAUAUCUUGAACGAAAUAGAUACGUCCGAUUUAUAAUCAUGAAUUGAACAUUCCGGUCCCGGAGGACUUUAACCUAGGAUUCAACCCUUCAUAGCUCCUUUUUUAUGUCUAUGGUAAAGAAGCAGUGACAAUUUGUCUUUUCGUUAUUAUUUGGUAGACUCUCUCGAAAGUUUUUUCGUUUUAUUCUUUUGGUAGCUUUAAUACAUCCGUAGGAGGCUAAUGUGUUUUCUUUUGAUUUGAUGACCAGAGUGAUUUCAGAGUUUUUUUUUGUUUUAUUAACUCUCUUCCGUGUUUUCUGUAAUAAUCAAACUAACCUACGUUUCGAAAUAAACGGUUGCAGUAUUGGAGAAAAAUCGCAAGUGUGUUGUCUGAAAGCAAUUUUCCGAAGGAUUUUUGUUGCUUUGAGGGUCUGGUUUUGAUUUUAGUCCAGGAGGUACAACCCAAAAUGUAUAAAAAAUAAGUUAUGUUACAUUUACAACCUGUCGUGUAAAGCAAUAAUCGAUGUUCGAUUUCUGAAUGAAUAAAUUUCUUAUGCUCAUAAUUUCAUUAUUUCUAUCCUUAAACUUGAAAAUGAACGUAAAGUCGCCGCUGUGCUUAUAAGCAUUUUUAUUUAAAGGUUUUAGUACGUUAAAUAUCAAACAUUUGUUCCAGUUGUUUCGUCAGAUUGACAUUGAUAUCCGAAUAUCAAAACUUAUUGUGAUCAACCAUUAACUUCCUAUAACUUCUUACGAAGUCAUAUUUGUCACUAACGGAAAUAUUUCGAUGCCCUUUAUCUUUCUCAUCCAGUUACGCUUUAACAUGUUUUGCUUGUAGCUCCUAGACUACGAUUGGAAGCCUCGAUUUUCCUAUUUUCAUUGUGCAUGGUGCAUGGUGUUUUUUUUUUUAGUUAUUUUAUUUUCCAAAGAUGCAUAAGAUCGCUCAAAACGACUGCUCUGCCGAAUUUUUGUCGAUUUGUUUUUUAUGAAACAAUUUUUUGAAGCAGGUGUUGACUAUCUUCAGGUCCAAAGAAAAAUGUUUGUUGGUUGUUGAUUGUUUUGAUUUUUCUAUAUUGUUGUUACUUAACGGAUAUCUUUGGCCUGAAAUAUUUAAUCGAGAGUAUUUUUAGUCUCCAUACAUUUGAAUUUUAUUUGUAAAUAUUAGAAAUUGAAAGUAACGCAAUUUUAAUGCCUUUGUUUAUUUUUUGCAUAACUUAGAGCCAUAUUUCGGUUGCUUUUUUAAAAUAGGCUAAUAAUGUUGGCCUUACGCACAUAGCAAUAGUAUUGUUUGUAAAAUUGUUAUAUAGAGGCAUACAGAUGUUCCAGUAGGAUUGAACCCACUUUAGCUCUUCGAACAAAUUAUAUAUCAGCGUGGAAUAUCUAGAUCUCUGUAAGAAUUUUGAGCAUUUGCGCCAUACAAUGAAGUGGUUACUCUGCACAUAUAAAAUGGAAACACCACCUGGCAGAUGAAUUUUAUAGUUGAGUUCUGACUUACACAAACAUAUGAGGAAAAUAUGUUAUGGUCGGAAGUAUGGAGGCGAAAUAGUUCUACCAGUAACCAAAUAUUCAAAGUAUGAUAUACAAACCGAUUGGUCCAAAAAAAGGUUUUGGUUAACCCUGAAUAUUUUUUUAAUCCAAUAGAUUUGACUCGAACAAGAAAAUAUGAUUUUUCUGUCGCUUUUCCACGUCGGUAUCUUAUUUGAUUGAAGGGUCACGAUGGUUUAAACCUCCUGGAACAACCUGUAUAUAUUUAUAUGUACCUACAACCACAUAUUUUUGUAUAUGUAGGUGGAAAAAUUGGUUUUUGUAUUCAACUAUAUGUAUGAAUAUGUGCGUCUGUAUACAUAUAGAUAUACGUUAUUGCCAAAGUGUACUUAGAGUUGUUUAUUCUUAACACACUUGCUGUUUUCCAGUUUUCUUUAUAAUAAAUUCGAUGAAAAAAUAACUGAUUUUAUUUUACAUUCGGUAUGUAGGGUGAGCCAGAAUUAUAUAUUUUACAUAUUUAUAUGUAUUGCGAUGACACCAGGAACAGUUGGAGUGGAUGCAUACUCGUACUUUCGCGAAUCCUGAAAUAUAACGACGAAGUUCAUAAGUGAAACCAACAUUUUCGAAUGUAUCUGUAAAGAUCCUUCAUGUAGGCUGAAUCGCUUGCAGGGAAAUAAGAGAAUAAAAUGGGCAAACCUCGGACUGAAAGAUGUUAAUCUCAAAAGCAUAUACAUUUUGUUUUGACGUCCUAUAACCUGUCUCGAUAGUUUUAUCUAAUAUCGUGUCUGCGUCUUGAGUUAUUCCAGGUUCAACGUCACAAAAAUCGAUUUUUGCAAAUCUUUUCUUUGUACUUAAUGUCAUUUGUACCUAGGUGUAUUAGAGUUACAGAGAGUAAAUUUUUGUGCAAUACAAAUAUACACGUUUCUGGAAAUAACAUGUCGAUCUCUUGUAAGCAAGCAUAUAAAUCAAAAAAAUAUGCUAUAAGUUCCUAUAAGAGAAGUCCAACGGAGAUAUAGGCCCCAGAAUGGCGACGCUGAAAAUAGGUUUUGCUCAAAUAACUUUUGAACGACACUAUAAAAAUUUUGAAAGCCUACUAAUUAGUUGACUCGGUAUUACUAAAAAAAUUACAGCCUGCAUCAUAAUGACCCAACGAUAACAUAUUUGGGAAGCCUUAUCUUCAAGAUUAAAAAACUUACUUUUGUUUGACAUCGAUAAAAUGAACCGUUUUUUGAGAAAACCUCUUCACUUUCAGUACAGGUCUAAUAAUUUAAAAUUCUGAUAAAUUCGUAAUGAGCGACCCAAAAAAACAAAAGUGUACGAAUUUUCAGGUCACUUGAUUUAGAUUAGGCUUUCCAAAAAUAUUAUUCUUGAGCCAUUAUUAUACAGGGUGUGUCAAUUGUUUCUCAUGGACACACUGAAACCUCAACUGGUUACUAAGCUGUCAAAAUUUCGUUCAUUCGUGUUGUUCGUAUGUUAAGAAAAUCCCAUUUUCAAUAGCUUCAUUUAGGGUAGACCCCAUGGCUUUCUGUGUUCUAUAUGUAUCCGAGAGAUUGGCAUCGUAUUCUGGGACAUUCUGUAUAGCAAUAUUUCAUACAAUUACAAUUAUUUAUUACAAUUCUUGGGUUAGUACUUGCAACAUCUUGAGAAUGCAUCCUUUGCUUUUGAAACGAUCGGUUCUUCCCAACAAUGAAUUGCUGAUGGUCCUGUAAAGUCAUAUACAGUGGACCACGUCAGUUCAGCGCACAUUCAUCAUCAUAUCAUUAAUUUUUUAGGAUUCGAGCAGUCGAAAAGGGUAAAAAUUAAAUCUUCUAUACUUUGCACUAUUGCAAUGUUUGUGCAGCAUAAAUGUUUCUACAAAUGACAUGAUUGCAUAGUUAACCCCCAGAAAUAACGCGAAUAGUGAGAAAAGUUGUUUAUCGAUUUGCUCAUAAUUAUAUUUUUAUUCACUAUCUCGACUCCAAUGGGUAGCUUAAGCAUCCCUAUUGCUGUGUCUUGGGGUCAGUCGCAAUUCAAAUGAAUCAUUAUGUAAUAUUGGCCGCCCUCGAUAUUCUGAUACUUCGUGUGGUUUUUGAAGUGAUUUUUGUUUUGAUUUUGUGUGUAUAUUUUUAAGAUUUAGUCAGUUGUGUGUUUACUAAUACCCACAUAUACAUACAUACAGGUGGGGCAAAAUCACGUAAGCAAAGUAACGAAUAUCUGGUAAAACUGUAUGUAUUUGAAUAUUGUUCUUCGUGUGUGUUUAAGUGGUGCUCAGUUCAUUAAACUGUGUUGAUUUGUGAGACAUUUUUUGCUAGUUCGAUGUUUUAAAUCUGGUCACCGUUAUGACAAAAAUAUGACUGCUUGCCGAUACCCCAGUCUCAGGAAACAUUUUAUACAAGCUUAUCGAAGAUUCUAAAAAUAAUUAGUGAUUUUUGUUUAAUUUGAAAGUUUUUUCCAUUCUAAAAAGGAAUAUUUUAUAGGAACGUUAAAACUGAACUUAGGUGCUCUCAACGACUCUAUUUAGAUAAUUUAGUGUUGUUAAAAGAAGUACACCCAAAAGUGCGAUGCUAAACACUGGGUGCACCCAGGCAUCCACUGCGGAAGUUACGAUAAAUGAUUCUAUAUUUUCCUGCAGUUCAGUCCAUCGUGUCCUUCAAUUUUUUUUAUUAUGAGAAAAUUGGUUUUAGUUGGAAACCAUUCAAGAACUGCCCCUUAUACUGAUCUGAGAGUAUUGGUUCCCAGCCACGCUUAUUAUGACUAAAAUGAUUCCAAUUUUAUUUUUGUUUGUGUCAAAAU